ACUUACGUUACGUUAGGUUCCAUGGCAAAAAGAAAGGGAAGAGGUCAGCCUAAAGUGUCAAGGGUUCAGAAGAAGGUUAAACAGAGUGCAAAUGUCGAAAUGGUUGUUCUUGAUAAUCUGUCAAAUCAAUUGAAAGUUGAUCCUGGGUUUGUAGAGGAACAGGAGACAGGUACACAUGGAUUCACUUUAUCAUAUUCUCCUGUUCCAGUUGAUCCUGGGUUUGUAGAGGAGCAGGAGACAGAUAUGCCUAAGAAAAGGGGACGGGGACGACCAAAACGGUCAAGGGAUCAGAAUUGUCAAGAUAGUGUUAAUAGAAACGUAAAUAGCCCCAUAAAUCCUUCAAAUAUGGUGGAAGUUGUUAAUGGGUGUGAAGAAUCAGAAAAUGCAGAUCUCCAAAUUUCUGUUCUUGAUAAUCCAUCAAAUGAAUUGGAAGUUUCUCCUGGGUAUGUGGAGGAGCAGGAGAGAGAUAUGCCUAAGAAAAGAGGACGGGGACGGCCAAAACGGUCAAGAGAUCAGAAUUGUCAAGAGAGUGCUCCUAGAAACGUAUGCAGUCCGAUCAAUCCUUUAAAUAUGGUGUUAGUUGUUCACGAGGGUGAAGAAUCAGAAAAUGCAGUCAUGCCUAAGGAAAAUGGACAAGAACAACCAAGAGUGUCAAGGGUGCAAAACGGUCAUAGGAAUGCUGAUGGCACAGAUAUUUAUGAUAAUCCGUCAAACGCAAUGGAAGUCAGUCUUGGAUGUAAAGAGGAGCCUGAGACUGAUGUAUUUGAUACAUCUAUGCAAAGGGGACGAGGGCGACCAAGAGGUUCAUUGAAUCAGAAGAACCAUCCACAGAAUGCAGAUGAUAUAAGAGUCGGGCCUAAGAAAAAUGUGAGAGGACGAACAAGAGGGUUGAUACUUGAAAUGAAGCGGAAACAGAGUCCAGAUGGAAAGUUGGAUGUUGUCAUUCAUCCUACAAGGCUGGUGGCUGUAGGUCCAGGUCGUAAUGACUUCAUUACUGACGUUUCUAUUAUUCUUCGCAAGAACGCUCGUUUUAAUGUUAACAAGUGGAGACGGGUUCCACAAAAUACUAGAGAUACAAUAGUGAAAAAAGUUCUGGAAAAUUGGAGACUUCCGGAUACAGAUAUGGUACGAAAGGCGAUUCUGGAUGAAGCGGGACGUUUAUACCGGAAUUGGCGCAAUAGGCUUCAUGAUCAUUACUUAACAUUUGAAACAAAGGAGGAGGCUUUGAAGCAUGUUCCUGAUGAUGUCAAUGAGUCUGAUUGGAAAUUCUUGGUUGAUUAUUUUAGCAGCCCUUCUUUUGAGAUAAUGAGCAUGAAAAACAAGGCAAAUAAGGCAAAACAGCGGACAAAUCAUACGAGUGGGCAAAAGUCCUUUCAAGCAGUUAGCUUUGAUGCACGGGACCCGGUGACUGGAAAGGAGCCUGAUUUGCAGACAUUAUGGCAGAUUACACACAAAAGAGCAAAUGGGGAAUGGAUUGACAAGGCAUCCAAGGAAAUAAAUGACAAGGUUUCUGAACAAAUUGAUGAGAAGCUGCUAGAGAAUUAUCAGGAUGGGGUGGAAAUAAUUGAACCCGAAAUUAUUAGUAGUGCCUUUAAGACGGUGGUUGGGAAGAAAUCAUAUAUGCAAGGUUUAGGAGAAGUACUGAGGUUAUCAUCAAGCUCUGUUAGAGUUCAACAGCUGCAGGCUGAAUUGGACGCCCAAAGGAUGGAGACAGAGAAUGCUAGGAAAGAAUGCAAUGAAGUAAAGGCAGAAUGCAAUGAAAUAAAAGCUAAACUUGUCGAGGUCGAGUCCCAACUGAAGGAGGAGCGGCGGAAACGAGAGGAGAGUGAGGCUCGACUACUGGACCGUAAAAAAGAAAUGCAGGAAAUCAACAGUCAAGUUCAGACUGCCAUCCAGUCAGCAUUGUCCCAAUAUUGUCCACCAACGACGACUGAAGCAGAGACCUCAUCAAAGCAUAACAAAAAGAUUGCAGAGCUUGAAGCACAACUCCAUGAGGCAGAAGAUGUGAUAACAGAUAUUAGGUCAGAAUUAGCUAGGUAUCGCAUGUAUUAAGAACGGAAUACAAGCAAUUGCAACCCUUUUACUAACUUAGUAAAAAGUUUGUUUUGGUUUAUUAUGUAAAGGUAAGGUUAUAUUAGGAGUACAUGAGAAUUUGCUUCACAGACUCUUAAAAGCCUUCGCUCGGAGAAUUUAUGUUUUCAAAUGAAUGAAUGUUUAGUUUGUAAAGGGUUGGGAGAAAGAUACGAGACGUUUUCUUCAAUUUUGUACUCGCUUGUGCCGUUGAUUUUGCGCUAUACAAAAAAUGGAAACAAGAUUUCUUAUAAA